AUGAUUCCCAUUUUUGCGUUUACUAAGAUCAUGCUCUCAAGUGAGCGAUUGAACGCAAGGCUAAAGCGUGGUAGCUACGCCAGACCAUUUGGAUGUUGUGAUGGUGGCAGUUUUGGAGGUGGAGCAGGCUAUGGUGCACCAGCUCCACCACCACUCCCUCCGCCUCCACCACCCCCUCCACCUCCACCACCUCCUCCGCCUCCACCUCCUCCUCCUCCUCCU